CACCAGCAGUCACUACCUCAACAAAUGACUUCUCAUCCUUUGCAACCGUCGAAUUUGCCACAGCUACAGCCUCCACAUAUGCCUCUAAUGCCACAUCCUCAUUUACCUCGGCCACCACACCAACUACAACAAGUAAACAUGCCUGGCCUUCCGUCUUCAAUGCCAGGUUCGGGAUCCAUCCAAGCAAUGCCUAUCCCUGGUCCAAUGGGGAUACAAGGUAACAUGAAUCAGAUGGUUCCUCCAAUGCCUCAAGGUCAUUGUUAGGACCGAAAAAUCAGGUGUCAUACGGAAGCUAGCAAAACAAAACUUGAGCGACGAUAAAUUAUACAACAAAAAGAAAUAUACCAAAAGAGAUACAAACAUUUAACGUGGUUCGGUUA